UGGUGAGUGAAAUCUUUGGAAUGUUUGAUGUCAGAUAAAGCGGCCUAUCAAGCGAAGCGGAUAUCAAGGUUCUUGAACGAAUUUGUUUCAUUUUUGGUCGUUGCGAUCGUUCAUUUUAAGUCUUUAAAGAAAACAGUCGACAGGAAGAACUAUGUCUGGUGGAGUGGCUGUAUUGUUAUUCUUUGCAGCGACUUUUCCGUUUGCAAGUGCUUACAAUUGGAAAGCUUUUCCAGAUCCAGAGACGAUAAUUAUAUACCCGGAUAAAAAAUCGAUGACGAUGACAUGGAAAUGGUCAUUACAAAGGAACACGAACGAGAAUAAAGACGAAAUAAUAAACGGGCUCGUCAUCAAUCGGUACGAAUUCGGAAAGCAACUUGCUACGRAAAAARAAAUUGGAGAAUAUUUAUUUGCUGGUGAGCAAGUUAAGACUGAUGAUUCAUUAUUCUCGCUGCGUUUUGAAAAGGGAGUAGUGGRAGGCAAAGAUGGCUUUGCAGAAUUCACUAUCAAAGAUGUUGCCAGACAAGGCAAAAAUGAAGAUGRUUCGGCCGUUAAUGUGGAAACUGGAAACUAUACGUAUAUCUGCAAAAUGACUGUAGCUUACGUUGUUAACAAUCCUGGUCCAAAAUCGACGACUGUUUACGUGUCUAUGCUACCUAUUCUACAAACAAGCCAAUAUAUUCUUGUAGAGUACUAAACUUCAGGAGUGGCAGCGUUGUUGCCAAUGUACAGAUUACUUAUCCAUCUACAGUUAGUAACCCAAGAGAGCCCUUGGAGAAAGCAAUUGAAACAGGCACAUUUGCAGGACAAGCUGUAAAGAAGUCAUUUGUCAGCCCUACAAAAGCUCCAACAGAAUCAACUCAGCCAACAGAAUCAACUGUUGCAUCUCCUUCAGAUGGUCCAGAUUCUGGCAAAAGAGCUGAUGGUGAARRUGGAUUGUCAACUGGUGCGGUUGUUGCCAUAGUUGUKGUUUUCUCAAUCAUCUUUAUUGUUAUCAUCAUUGUUGUUGUGGUUUGCUUGCUGAAGAGRAAAAAGCCUGCUCCUAAAAAAUCAUAUGAUUACAAAGAAGAUGGUAAAAACCAACCAGCUGCUUCCCCUCUCAAGUCACAGCCCUACAGAGAUCCAGGCUAUGACAAUGGACCUGAUGAUCGAUAUCCAAACGGGGGAGGCCCACCACCGCAGUACACCGCCGCGGACUACGCCGAAGUACGACCUAGCCCACCAAACCGAAACGACAGCCAAAUGGAAUGGGAUAAAGACGUCGAUGAAAAGAAUGAAAUGUGGAUUUAAUCGCGUGGUGUAAGCUCAAGUAGAAUAUAACUUUUUUAUAAAAUCUUUUCAUACAAUUUUCUCUCAUGGAGAACUCGACACACAGUCAUACGCGCCCACGUUUUAAUCUUGCAAAUUAAUAUAGGCAAAUAAGAGAAAAACAACGGAUGUCUUAAGUUAAAGUUUUUUGGUAUCUAAAUACUUAUUAUGAGUUCAAACUUGUUGGAUUAGCUGAACACAUCAACAGUAACAACUGACAACUUUUGAAUUUUGUCUUAUGUGGGCGUAGCAAUAGUUUGUAAUUACAGGGAGUCUAUUUGUYUUUGCAAUUUCGGAACGUCUGUACUUACCGUUCUAAAGUGUUUUCGUAUGAUUUAAGUUUAUAUCUUUUGAGCUGCCGAAUUGAGCUAUAAGUUCSUGAAGACGUUGUCUGUGCACAUUUGUACAAAGCAUUUGUAAAGCAACAGUAGUAGGAUAAGAAUCAAUGUAAUAAUUAUUGUAACAAUUUCUUUUUAAUUCUGUUAUGCAGAUAAUAUCAUUGUAAUAUAGCUUCACAUGAAUACCUCCAUCAUCGCAGGCUCCGAAAACGAAUGUCUUUGAAAUCAAUAUUUGUUUGCACAGAUUUUUUUCGUUUUUAUUCGAGUUUUAUUUUGGUAUUCUUGUUAUACCAACGUAUGCAGGUAUGUUAUUCGAAGUCUACGUAUUACUUGCAAAGGUCAAAACGUCUUCCACAAGUUUUCAUUUUUCGAUUAUACACCCAUUGCUGUUUCUUUUGCUAUUCACAAUMAACCUCAAACAAUCACAAAUCAAAAUACAUUACACGCAGCCGUACAUAUAGUCGUAGAAAUGAUGACAGAAUUGGCCAAACACAGCAAAAGCUCUUGUUGUCGGUGUUCUAUKCCAGAACUUCAUGCCAUCACAAUUCAGUUUGUUGUAAGACCAAUUAUGAAUCARUUUUCUUUCCAUUAUACCAAUAGGUUGUUUGUGAGGACGUCAUCUUUACAACUACCAGAAUGCUUUGCGACCAUAUUUUAAGAGCAUGAAAAUACGAAGAGCGUUCUGUUUGUUGUAGUAAAAAGACGCCAUCUUGCAAAUGUCAUUAUUCUAUAUAAUUCAAUUUGUAAUAGUUGUAUAUUUACUCAUUGGUAAUAUGCUGUAAGCUUUAGUAUAAAACAAUGUAAACGACAAGAAAAUAUUAUGUGAUAAAGAAAAAAUAAAUCAUAAAACUAGGAAGGCAUGAGCAUUUUGUGAAAUACAAAAUCAUGGUGAACUGUGGUCUAUCACAAGUACAAACAACAUCGUGUUUGAUUGCUUUAAGAUGUUUGUACCGAAUCCAGACCACAAAGUGAUGCAUAAUGCUAUUUCAGAAAAUGCCUAUGUCAGGAAAUGCACCGACGAAAUAGCCUCUACGCAUCGUACUUACCAUAGAGAAUUGUCGAGUUAAAAGCUUGGUUCUUUGACUCCGCCAUUUCGACCAGUUAUCACGGUUUGUUCUGUACAUACAAAAUCAAAUGCUUUUUGAUGUUAUUAGUAGGUCACGGACGUUUCUGUAUGCCAUUGAUCGUAGUAGGCGGAACAUACUUUUGCCAUAGCUAAUGAUUAGACUUGUAUUGACCUACAAGCUGCUUACGACACUCUUUGUCUCUUUCAUAGUUUAAGUAUACUGUAAAAGUUGUAGGGUAGAGAAUUUUAGAUAUAUUUUAUAUACUYAUGUCUAACUAUAGUGUAAAUUGAUGAUCUAACGCUGUUAUCGCACCUCGCAAGUUAUUUUGUCCCUAUAUCAAGAAUCGUUGCACCAAACUCUCUAUUGAGGAGAAAAAAAUAUCACCRGAAAGCUACUAUAGACAUUUCCCAAAAGCCAGUAUAACGAUAUACAGCAGYUUCAGAAAGCUUUGAGAACUGAAGAAAGUUUAUCCUAAUACCGAAAUGCAUUGUUGGUCGUCGUAUCUGACUAUGAUUAUGCUGCUCUGYAACUUGGAUGGAAAGUAUUGUUUAGCAUGCAUUUCGGAAUUAGAAUAGGCUAUGCAAUUUCGCAGUACUUCAUGUUUAAUAGAUGGAAACCGCAAAAAAUAAUCAUAGAAUUAAAAAAAAACUAACCCCAUGACCUGUCACCCGUAGAUUUUAUACAGAGGGGUCACAGGUACCAAACUCCCAAAGCUCAAUGCAACGAUUUCUGCUAUGAAAAACUGAUUUYGAUUCUAUCAUCCUAGAAUUGAUGGUAGUUUCCAGUCCAUACAAACCUCACUGCACUUUUUUUUUCUAAGAGCGAUUUAGUUUUUAUUGUUAUCUGUAAAAUUAUACAAUAUGUAGUAUUUCUCAAUUUUUGCUGUUGUAAAUUGAUGUUUUAAUAAAAUUUCAAUUAACUACA